AUGCAUUCUACUGUGGGAAAGAUACUUUAUCGCAAAAUAACACAUUCCAUACGGAUUUCGGUGGUGUCUACUUCGCCAGGUUUUCCCGAUCCCAUUGCUGCUGCUGUACGUUGCUGCUGGCCGCUCCAUCUCCGUUCAAAAUACUACAGCUAUUUUCGACCAUCGGCAUCCGUCGAUCUUGCAGGCAUCAGUUAUAACAUCUUCGGUCCACUUUUUACAUCAAAAGUCGGUAUCAUGGAAGACUUCUUGCCCCCUAGUCUCAGGCGAUUCUACACUGAUGAACCAGCAUCAGGAUCGCUGGCCAAAGUUAAGAAAACAAGAGCUCUGUAUCUGAGCAAGACAUUGGAUGAGAAGGCUGAGGAAGCAAGGUGGUACAGACAAGAUCUGGUGGAUCUGAGAGAAGUAUUAACAUGGCCAGAGUAUGCAGAUGACAUGGGACUGGAUGCCCCACAGGCAAAGAAGUCCACAUCAGCAGCUAAAGCCGACUUGAAUAAUAGAGUGAGUGUAUGGCAAGGAGAUAUUACAAAGCUAGACAUUGAUUGUAUCGUUAACGCAGCUAAUAGAUCACUACUAGGAGGCGGAGGAGUUGAUGGAGCAAUACAUCGAGCUGCUGGCUCAAAUCUCCUUCAAGAAUGUAAGAAAUUAGCUGGAUGUGAAACGGGAGAAGCUAAGCUUACUGCAGGUUAUCUCCUUCCAGCUAGAUACGUCCUUCACACAGUGGGCCCGAUCGUCUAUGGCAACCCGAGCCAAAACCACAGGGAAGCCCUAACCAGUUGCUAUGCAUCGUGCCUCCAGCAAAUCCUCGAACACAACAAAAACAACCGUUCAAAGAUGGAGGCAGCCAGGAGGAAACAGGAUGCUGCAAAGGGUGAUGGGAAGAGCAGAGACGAGACGGAUGCCAAAGAGAAAGAGAGCAAAGAGGAUGCUUCAGCCAAUGGGAGGCAAGCAUCAGAAGAGGAAGGGGAUAGCGAUUAUAAGACGCUACAGGAGGAUGUGGAAAUGGCAGAACCCUUGAUCCGAUCAGUUGCCUUCCCCUGUAUAUCAACAGGAGUGUAUGGUUACCCACAGGAAGAAGCUUGUAGGGUGGCCCUUGGUACAGUCAGAGAUUGGCUAGAAGAAAAUCAUGAGGAGAUGGAUAAGAUAGUGUUCUGUGUAUUCCUUGAAAAAGAUCUCAAGAUUUAUGAGAGAUUGCUUCCAACUUUCUUCCCCUUGGAAGGUACAUCACCGAGUUCAAGAACAGAAGAAGAGGAUGAGACCUAGUCUUGACCUUUGAACCUUAUAAAUGCUUUCAACCAAUGCAGCGUGUGCCCCCAGGGGCAGUGUACAGAUAGUCAUGUAUAAGAUAAAUUGAUUGCAAAGUCUUACCUAGGCCCGGAAACACAAAAAAUAGCAACUGAUUGUAUUUGCUUGAAUCGUUUGCAAGUAAACCCUAUUACUUUAGCUGGACAUUCUUUUCAGGGGUCAACCAAAUCCCCUUUCUUUGGACAACAAACCAUCAAAGCUACCAUCACCAUGGAAACAUUCAAAUAAUACAGACAGAUUAAAGUAAUUUGGUUUGACAAUCAGUUGCUAUAAAGCUUUGUGAUGUGGGACAAAUUUCUUGAUGUACAAAGAAUAAUAGUGAACUGAUCUCGAUAAGAGGAGACAUGAUGUGGUCUUUUGUACUUCCAGUAAUAUUAUUCAUUUUCUAUCUCUUCUGCUCUAGGGAGUGGACACAAAUUGAAACAUGUCUGCUGUUUAUGAUGGUAAUCAUGUAAAGAUUGUUACUUUUAUUAUGCAGGCACCUGAAAUAUAUAUAUCUCUUCCUUCUACAUGCAUAUUCAUGAGCUGCAUAUGAAGUUGUUAGUAGUGAAGUAGAUUUCAUUUUUAUCAGUGUUUUUGUUGAAUGUUGGUCUGUUUCUUCUCCAAAUUUGGAAAAAAAAACCUUACUGAUGCAUAAAUAUCGCAAAAUAGGACAGAGCUAUAACGGCAAUAUAUAUGUCAACUUUAGCCCACAGGUUGUACAUAUUGCAAUUU